AUGCAUUUCAUUUUCCGGAAUGAAUACAGGGAUACGAAUGGUGAAAAUGUGUAUCAUGUUUCGGAUUCAUUCGAUAGUGACUUAAUGCUUGAAAUUGAUAGUUACGGAAAAAGUGUAUCAGCAGCAGGGCUUGAUCGUACUCAAGAAGAUCUGAACAAAUAUCGACAACGUAUUGAUGCUAACAUAGAGCAUCAAAAGGAAUAUUCCGAUAUCAUUAGUGCAUUACAACACAAGGUUCAAGAGUAUCGUCAACAUAUAGCAGAUCUAGAAGGUCGAAUAGCAACACGCCGAUCCGAUGAGCCACUGCCAUUCACCUUCAUUGAUUCGAGUAUAUAUGCCACUGAUAUAAAAUACAAGGAUGAAAUGAUAUGGAGUCCAAAGAAAGGCUUAGAUGAUGCUGCUGAGUAUCAACUUUUGAACAAACUGGAUGAGGAACGCAGAAAAGUGGAUGAUUAUCGAAUACAAUUAGAGCAAGAACGCAUCCAGAAUGAUCAAUUGCUGCAUGAAAACGAACGUCUUCGCCAACAGUUUGAAACGAACAUUCGAGAAAACGAACGUAUUUUCAAAACUAGAGAAAGAAAUCUGGUGCAGUAUCUGAGUGAUGAACAAAAAAAAAUGAUGGAUCUAUGGGCUGAACUACAGCGGGUUCGCAAACAAUUAUCUGAGCAUAAAGAACAAACCGAGCAUGACCUGGAAAAUCAGCGAAAUGAGUUUAUCCGUGUGAUUCGAAACGUUGGCGGCUUAGCUAAAUUGCUAAAUCUUGGCGGAGUUCAGAGUGGACAUGGAGGCAUCUCAGAGCCUUUGCUGAUUGAAAAUGGUCGUGGAGGAAGUGAAAGUAUAAGUCAAGAUAGUAUACUCAUUGAAGCGAUUAACAGAAUACGUGAAAGCCAGCGACAUUCAAGUCAGCCAAAUUUGCAACUGCCGAGUCAAUUCAAGCUUGCAGGUGCAGUAGCCGGUGAUGUCGACUUAUACAAUGAACUUAUGAAGAAUGAUACGGAAAGGUGUCGAAUUUACAGAUAUGAAGAAUGCAUUGAACGGAAUAUUGAACUUGAGUCUAGAGGAAAUGAAUCUCAUCGAAAGAUUUCUGCACUUGAAGCAGAGCUUCGACGUACUAAAGACCGUCUCUUAGAUAACCAGGCUGCACUUCGAAAAAUGCACGAACUGGCUCAAGAUGCUUCACGUGAUCCUGAUCGAGAGAAAAGAACUCGUUCGCUUUCUCCAAGUGGUACACCUCUUCCGCCAUCGGAAGCUCUACGUAGUGUUCGUAAUAUCAUUCGUAAUAAAGAUAGUCAGAUUCAACAACUGGAGAGGAAAUUAAAAAUGGUUGAAAGUCAGGUCAAAGAUUUUAUGAACAAAUUCGAACAUGCUGAUGAAGCAAGACGUUAUUUGGAUAAACAUCUGGCUGAUAGCAAACGCGACCUGACAAACCAGAUCAAAAACCUUGAUGAUGCAGAACGUCAACUGAGACGUUUGGAAGAGCGUCUUCGUGCCGCUGAUUUGGAGAAAGUAGCUGCUGAAAAAGCGAAAAAAUUUCUGGAAGAAGAAAUUAAUAAGCUGCAUCAACAGUAUCAGAAAGCAACAGCAGAAGAGGAACGCAAAGCUCGCGACAAGGAACAAGAAAUCAACAUAGGAUUCGAAAAAGAAUACAAAGACCGCAUUAACGAAUUAAUGCAUCGCAUCGAGACAAUUCAACGAGAUAAUGCGAAGUUAAAAGCGGAAUUGAAUACAAUGAGAGAUAAAUAUAGAGAUAUCGAAAAUGAAUAUAACAUUACUUUAAGGAAACUUGAAGAAAAGGAUGCUGCUUUGCAUCACUUUGACGAAAUUAAGCGUCAAAUGACUAAUGAACUGGAUCAGCAGCGGAGUCGUUAUAAUGCAAUCAGUUCUGAAUUUGAAAAAGUAAACAAUGAAUAUGAAAAUACUAGCAAAGAGAAAGUAGCAAUCGAACAAACUUUACGUGAAAUCAAGCAGCAACGAAAUGAUUUCAGUAAGCAAAAAGAUGAGCUUUCUCGGCAGACAUUCGAUCUGAAGCACUUAAUAGAGAACGAAAAAGCAGCUAGAGAAGAAACAGAAAAAGCAAACAUCCGUCUUCUGCAAGAAGUUGAAAAAACUAAACUUCAAAUAACAGAUUACGAAGAUCAGUUAAAUAUGUUGCGUAGGCACAAUGACGAGCUAGACACACAAAUCAAAAGUGGCCAAGCUAAAAGCACAACCAUUGAGAAUGAUUUAAUUACAAGUCAAAGAGAAACUGUUCGAUUAAAUGAACUUAAUAGUCGUCUCCAGAGAGAAAAGCAAGAAGCCAUUAAUCAGAAACUUAAAGCCGAAAGUGAUCUGGAAGCAAUGAAAGAACAAAGUCGGAAAAUGGAACAGGAAAUUGAAAAACUGAGAGCAGAAAAUCGAACAAUUAUUGAAAAAGAAGAACAUACUCGUGAUGCUUUGACGCAACGCAUGAAUCGUGCUCAUCUCCUAGAGAAGGAACUCGAAGAAGCUAAGCUGGAAAUUGAAGAACUUAACGGUGGAUUUUUUGAGAUGAAAUAUUUAAAUUUCUUGGCGAGCAUCAAGCGUUUAGAACGAGAACUUGCCGGUCGUACUCGUAGCGCACGGAAAGAGUCUGAGGAAACAGGUCAAUUUAAAAGAUUUGAAACAUAA